GAGACGAGGUUGUCAAUAAAACAACACGCCCUCUACUAUUUCAUGAUGUGAAUGCCCGAACAACACAAUCUUGUCACGAAUACAGUCGGAAUAUUGAGUUAAUUGAAGGCAGACAACGCAUUAAGAACCUUGAUUUUGCAGGAACAGAUAGUACCGUGUGGCAUGAAACGAUAAAAAUACACAGUGGUCAGAAUAGAGCGACAUCAUGUCUGUAUCCGCCCUUUUUAUCCUCGAUUUGAAGGGGAAGGUCCUCAUCUCCAGAAAUUACCGAGGUGAUGUGGACAUGUCUGCCAUUGACAAGUUCAUGACCCUUAUGAUGGACAGAGAAGAUGAGGAAUCGUUAUCACCCAUCAUCAUCCACGGGGGAGUCAACUACAUGUACAUCAAACACAACAACUUAUACAUUGUUACGAUAUCCAAGAAGAAUGCCAAUGUUGCCCUCGUAUUCACCAUCCUCCACAAAAUAGUUGAGGUUUUCAACGAAUAUUUCAAAGAGAUGGAAGAGGAGAGUAUCAGAGAUAACUUUGUCAUCAUCUACGAGUUACUGGAUGAACUUAUUGAUUUUGGCUACCCUCAGACGACAGACAGUAAAAUACUCCAAGAAUAUAUCACUCAGGAAGGUCAGAAACUAGAAAUAGCCCCCAAACCGCCCCCAGCAAUCACCAAUGCCGUCUCAUGGAGGAGUGAUAACAUCAAAUACCGCAAGAAUGAAGUCUUUUUAGAUGUCAUUGAAUCUGUCAAUUUACUGGUGAAUGUUAAUGGUAAUGUGCUGAGAAGCGAAAUCAUAGGAUCUAUCAAGAUGAGAGUGUUUUUAUCAGGAAUGCCAGAACUCAGACUUGGACUCAACGAUAAAGUGCUCUUUGAAAACACUGGCAGAGGAAAGAGCAAGUCAGUCGAGCUGGAAGACGUCAAAUUCCACCAGUGCGUGCGUCUCUCUCGGUUUGAGAACGACCGUACCAUCUCUUUCAUACCGCCCGAUGGGGAGUUUGAACUCAUGUCGUACAGACUCAAUACCCAUGUUAAACCGCUCAUCUGGAUCGAGUCUGUUAUUGAGCGUCAUUCUCAUUCCCGAGUGGAGUACAUGAUCAAAGCAAAGAGCCAGUUCAAACGAAGAUCAACAGCAAACAAUGUAGACGUUAUCAUUCCCGUUCCAAGCGACGCAGACUCGCCCAAGUUCAAGACGACCGUAGGCUUUGCCAAGUACGUGCCUGAGAAGAAUGCGGUGGUAUGGCAUAUCAAGUCUUUCCCAGGAGGCAAGGAAUUUCUGAUGCGAGCUCACUUCAAUCUGCCUAGCGUAGCAGCAGAAGAGGCCGAGGGGAGACCUCCUAUCAGUGUCAAGUUUGAGAUCCCUUACUUCACAACAUCAGGCAUUCAGGUUCGAUAUUUGAAAAUUAUUGAGAAGAGUGGCUAUCAAGCCUUACCUUGGGUUAGAUACAUCACUCAGAAUGGAGAUUACCAAGUCAGAGUGCAGUAACUGUCCAAUCAAAACACUCCUCUCAUCCACUCAUCCUUUCGUGGAGUCAUUACCAGCCUAUAAGAGCAGGCGUUAUGUUUUCCAGAUUAUGGAUCAACAGGUUUGUUACACUGAUACGAAGGAGUCUUUUUGCCACCUUGUACGAACUGCAUCCUCGAGUCAAUGACCCUUUCAUUUCUUCAUACAUUAUAGAGCAUCAAUGCAGGUAUAUCUGCAUGAAAUAAAAACAUACAAUCCACCCAAUAUACAUUUGGCAUUGUGCAUAGUCAGAUUCACAGAAAUUGUUCGACUCUUGCUCCACUUCAAUGUGCAUUGUAUUCCGUGUGCAAUCUCAGUUGAUGAAUUAUAAUUUUAAGGUCUUCUGUAUUCUGUUGGAAAUCAACUGGACAUAAUCUUCAUCUGUGCUUUCAGUCGAUGAUUACACAUAGUGUCUCAGAUUUCCUCAGAGUUUUCUGCCAUAGGUACAAAAUACCCUUCCCCUUUAAAGGGGUAUUCUAGGCUGAAAAUGUUAUGAUUUGAAGAGAUAAAGUAAAAUCACACAAACAAAACACUGAAACUUUCAUCAAAAUAGAUUAAGGGAUAAUAGAGCUAUAACAUAUCAAAGUCAUGCAUUAUUUUGGUGAAACAGUUCUAUGCAUGUCUUCAUGAAUAUGCAAUGAGCAAGCUGGUGAUGCCAUGUCCCCCCUUAUUUUUUUGUAUUUUAUUAUUUGAAAUGAAAUUUGUUUGAAUUUUUUCCUCUAAGAAUGGAAACAAUUGGACUGACUACCGAUUUUAAUUUUUGUUACAAGGGGAACAUAUCAUAGACACAUGUAUGAAAAUAUGAAUUGAUUAUGAUUUUGUGUAAUAACAUACGAAAGAUAUAAAGAGGGGACUGUUUGGGCAUCCUCAGUCAACCUAUUGCAUAUGCAUGAUGGCAUGUCGUCUGUUUUCUCAAAAUAUUGCUUAACUUUAAAAUCAAAUAACCUUGCUAUUUGUUUUCAGAUUUUGAUGAAAUCUUCAGUGUUCUGCCAAGUGAAUUUUUCUCUAUUUAGAUACAAUCAUUAUCAGUCUGGAACACCUUUUAAACAGUUAAUCAAUAUAAAGCAAGGAAAUGUGGCUUGAGGAUUAGGAAUGGUAAAGUGAUAUGGUCUUUAAAUUUUCUCAUGAAUCAUUUCGAGGAUGUAAAUUUGCAAUUAUAGAAAUAAUAUAAUAUGAACAUGUGGGUCCGUAUUUCUGAAGUCUGGUUAAAUUAGUAUUAGGCCUUGGUCUAAAUCUAUACUUAGAUUAUGGGAUGCCAAAAAUAUUAAAAAGCUCUGGUAACUUUGUACUUUUGUUAUUUUCACUGUGUUACUUCUAUAUGCUUCAAUGGUGAAGUAAACUAUUUUAGUUAUUCACAGAUUGUUAUGAAAGAUUUGAGCACCGAAUGUAUUGAUGAAUUUGAUCGCAACAGUUUGAAAUUUAUGUUGUAUUUGGCUGUCCAUACUUCAAUCACAUUAGGACUCCGAAACAAAGCAUAACGAUUGAUCUUACGCUUGAUUUUUAUGAUUGAUUGUACAUUGUAGCCAAUGCAAUCAAUUGUGAAAUUUUGUUCUACGAUCAUUGCUAAGCUUUGUGUUACUGGCUCCAAAACAGAGUUUAAGAUUUAACAGUUCAAAAUUAGGUCCAUGGCAUACAUCGUGUAACAUUUACACCUUAGCAGACGUUCUAUCCUUUCCGUGCUGUGUGCAGGAAUUCAUAGUGGCUUUUUGAUCCCCUUAUUUUUUGUCCAUGCUUAAAUUUUGGGAUUAGAAAUGAAGAAAAAAAAACACAAGGUGGGGUAAGAUGCUUAGAUUAUUGUUAAGGUUCCUUGUGUUGAAUACUGAAUGCGAUCCUAUUAUGAGCACUUCAAUCUUUAAAAAAAAUUACAUUUCUAUCAUUCUUUCCAAUAUUAGUCAACUUGGUAUUAAAAGCAGUGACCAAAAAUUAAGGAAUCACAAAGAAAAAAUUACUCUUUUCGAUCUCUUUGCGUGAUUAUGCACUGUAAAAUAUUCACGCUUAACUAUGUCUCAGAACACGACGUCGUUAUCUAGGGAUUCUAGGGCUUGGGAACUUCAAUUUUGUUUUACAUAAAAAUGUAGCAAGUUGAUGUUGGAGCCAGAGAUCUAUCGUUUUAAAUAAUUUGAACCUAAAGUACUCGAUAUCAGUCUAGGUUCUGUUUUCAAUCUUGGUCUAGAAUUACAAAUGCAUAGUCUUAAAUACAUGUUUCUUUGUUCCUGUCUUGUAAAGGCUAUUUGGGGGUCUUUGUGUGGUUUCGUGUUGGAAAUUAAGUCAUCCCUGUUUUAAAAUCGAAGCCGAUACUUCGUUUGUACAUGUGAUGUGUAUAUGAAAGUCACUCUUAAUGUUCACUUAUUGUUUUUCUACACCGGUGGAUAUGAUUAUGAUAUAACACUACGGGGAUCAAUUUAUUAGGGAAACUAUCUAUGCUGGUCUCCAUUCUGAUGAUUGAUUUUAAUGAUGCCAAAUAAAGUAUUGAAAAUGACAUUUCUACAAUGAAAAUAUUAUAAUGAUAAUGUAGGACUUUAUAAGUACAUUGUGAAUGUUUCAUUGAAUUCAUUCCACCCUAAUUGAAACUAAACUUUCCUUUGAACUUGAUUAUUUAUUACAUGUGGUAUGGCUUUAAGCAUAUUGAUUGAAACUUGCUUUUAGACAACAAGUACUAUCAUGAUGAUGUUCUCCAUGCACAAUGUAGUUUCCGCUUUUCCAGCACAGCCUUGAGUAUCUCAAUUAUAUUAUAGCGGCUUUUAAACUAUCAUGCAGUACAAUUCUUUAAGAAAUCAGAAGUGUUUUAUUUCAAUGUAUUUAACUUUUUGUCUCUCCUUUAAAUAUUCUCUUGCAUUUCUCUGUGAUUAUCUACAAUGUACCUAUCAAAUAUACCCUCAAUAAUUGAUAGAAAAUAAUAAUGAUAAUAAUAAUAAUGGCAUGUUUCCCCCGGGUAGCCACUUCAGUUCCGAAAACUGUUCUCCCAGCGAGCCCUAUCAUAAAUAAUAAUACUUCAAAAUAAUUCAAAAUCCUAAAUGACCAAUAGAUAUUCAAUGUUACAUUUAGAUGUGGCUAUAAUCUGCAGUUGUAAUCUUGAUUGCAAGGGAAUUUUUCUUUUCUUCAUUAAUUCCUGGGCCCUGUGGCUUUAACCAUUUAUGGUGCAGUCAGUUGUAGCUUUAACCCUGGCAAAUAACUACAUGUACAUUAAGAAAACCCUGAUACAAUUGAUUCUAUAUAUUGAUUGUAUCUCUUCAUUCCUCGUAUGUGAUGGGGCCAUGGAUUGUGAAACAGUUCUUGAUGAAAUAAAGAGUAGAAUUCAGGGCAAUAAUUUAUUACGCACUGCCUCGCUGUCUGUAUAGUCAUCAAAUAAAUGUUCAUUGUGAUGUCGUAGAAAAUGUUUAUGUUGGCAAAUUCAGAUUGCUUGUUUUAUCCAUGAUGCUACUCACAGAUUGGAGACUUGUUGAUGAUGCUACCACACACAUUUUGCAUAGACCCCAGCCUAACGGAUUAAUUGAUAAUUCUUGUAGAAUACAUCCAUAAUUAUUCUAUUUUUAUUACUUAAUAAACAAAAAAUAUGUAUGAAAAAUACCCAUGGAUUGGUUUAGCACAACAGCAUUCCCCAUGCACUGUCUGAAGAUGAUCAACAAAUGUGUAGUACAUGUUGUUUCUCAUAUUUUUCAUCAAGAAUUUUCUUUUUGUUUAUACCCUAUUCCUAAAUUUCUUGUAUUCGUUUUCUAAAUAAUAUAUAUUUCAAUUACUUAACCAUCAUUCAAUUUGUAAUAGAAAAUGAGUGAUGGAAAAUUAUAUGUAUUUAAUUUUACUUUCAUACACGACUAGUUUGUUUGAAAUAAUCCAAUAUGUGAAAAUUUAUUUUGUCAAAAUUUUCCAGUAGAAUCUGUCUUUGUUCGCAAUCUCUCUAUUAAUGAGAAUGGUGAAUUUUGACAAUGAUGUCAAACAUGAGAUUAUGUAGAUAAAAUCAAAUAAAUGUACUAUUAAAGAAA